AAAAAAUAAAAUAAAAUCUAUUAUCAAACUUUUAAAAAAUGUCAGGAGUUUGGGUGUUCAAAAAUAAUGGAGUGAUUCGAUUGGUAGAAAACCCACAAGCCGAGCAAGAAGGAAGUGAGCAAGUAAGAGCAAGAAGGCCAAAUAAGGUGCUGGUGUACUUGCCAACUGGGCAAGUUAUCUCAUCGUAUGACAUUCUCGAAAGAAUACUUAAAAGUUUAGGGUGGGAGAUGUACUUAGGUUCUGAUCCAAAUCUUAUCCAAUUUCAUAGGAAGAAUUCAAUCGAUUUAAUUUCACUUCCAAAUGAUUUCUCUAAGUUUAAUUCAGUGUAUAUGUACGACAUUGUGGUUAAGAACCCUAAUGUCUUUCAAGUUCGUGAGGUUUAG